UUGGGGGAAGGAAUGCACUGGUUUGCAGGACUGAAAGGCUAACAAGCGGAAGAAAGAAAGGAAAAGAAGGGGGGAAAGAAGGAGGAUUUAAAACCAACGUUUUGGGUGAAGUUCGAGCACCCCCGAGGCUCUGAUUUCGCCAACUCUGGAUUUUGAAUAUCAUUCGAACUGAGUGGAGCCAGGGAACGAACAAACAAACAAACACACGUUUUGUCAAACCCACUCGCUCUCACACAAGGAGGGGUGGGGGCUUGAAACGAGAAGCAUCUGGGGGUUUGUCCUACAGCAUGGAGGAGAAUGACCACGGUCCUGGGGAAGAUUCACUGGAGCAGCAGCAGCGGGAGUCCAGCGGCGGCAGCAGCGAUGCGGAGCCCAACAGGAGCCGGGCGAUGAUCCUGCCCGUGGUUCUGCAGGCGCCUGGGAAUCACCAGCACCCGCACCGGAUCACGAACUUUUUCAUAGACAACAUCCUGAGGCCGGAGUUCGGGCGGAGGAAGGAAGGGGGGACCUGCAGCAGCGGAGGCGGCAGCGGCAGUAGCCCGGAGCAGCUGCUCUUAGCCGGCAGGGAGAACCGCCGGAGUCCCUCCACGGCGCCGGGCUCUGGGGGGCAACUCAGCGGCGGAGGGGGAGGCUCGGCGGGCGAAGGGGAAGGAGGCUCCAAAGCCCUUGCUCUCAAUGGGGGAGCCAAGAAAGGAGGCGACUCCGGGGCCCUGGAAGGAGCCUUGAAAUCGCGGGGGCUCAGCGGCGGCGAUCUGUCUGUGAGCUCGGACUCUGAUAGCUCCCAAGCCAGCUCCAACACCAGUAACCAGCCCAUGCUCUGGCCAGCCUGGGUUUACUGUACUAGGUACUCGGACAGGCCUUCUUCAGGCCCCCGGUCUCGUAAACCAAAGAAGAAGAACCCCAACAAAGAAGACAAGCGUCCCAGGACAGCCUUCACUGCGGAGCAGCUGCAGAGACUGAAAGCGGAGUUUCAGACGAACAGAUACUUGACGGAGCAGAGGCGGCAGAGCCUGGCUCAGGAACUCAGCCUCAACGAGUCUCAGAUCAAAAUCUGGUUUCAGAACAAACGAGCCAAAAUCAAGAAAGCCACUGGCAACAAGAACACCCUGGCGGUGCAUCUCAUGGCACAAGGACUGUACAACCACUCCACCACAUCAAAAGACGGCAAGUCAGACAGCGAAUAGAAAGGGGGCCGGGGGAAGGCCGGGGAAAGGCCGGGGAAGGGGGGGCAGUUUUCAGUCAAAGUUUAUA